AUGCCACCUAAUCCGCCUGAAGAGUUUUCACCCGUAACUGUUUCUGCAUAUGCUCCUGGCUUAGAUAGUACACCGUCUCCGAUAUACCCUCCAAAGCGUUCAACUAAGCGACGCACCACGAAUCCUUUUAAAACAUCUGCACCUUUUGUACUUCCACCACCUUAUAAUCCCGCACAACCAAAUAUAUCAAAUUUACAAUCUUUAGACUUUACUCCUCCGUAUAAAUCGAAUAGCCUUUUAGGACAACUGCGUCAGAAAUAUGAAGUAGUGGGGAGAAGGAAGACUAAUCCGACCAUUACCUCAAAGCCCUUAUCAGAAAGAACUUUGGAUUCUAUUAAUUCUAUUUUCAAUCUACUUAGUCUUUUCACUCUUGAUACUCUGAAGUUCGUUAUAUAUUGCUUAUUAUGGUACGCUUCCUCUGCUGUGACUAAUAAUAUUGGUAAGCAAAUCCUAAACCAAUUUAAUUAUCCUGUUACCCUCACUUGGGUGCAAUUUGGCUUUGUUAGCCUGUAUUGUUAUGUUAUUGGCCAUGGGAUGGGAUUUACUAGACUUAGGAGUCCUACUACGCAAAUUCUACAUACUACAUUACCUUUAAGUUUGUUCUCGAUUACUGGUCAUGUGUUUUCUAGUAUGGCGACAAGUAUAGUUCCCGUUAGUUUUGUUCAUACUAUAAAGGCUCUAUCCCCUCUGUUCACAGUAAUAUUUUACCGAUUUGGUUUCAAAGUUAAUUAUUCUUAUCCAGUAUAUACCUCUUUAAUCCCGCUGACCAUUGGAGUAAUGCUUGCAUGUUCUUCCUCUUCAACGGGGAGUUUUAUUGGCUUUCUUUUCGCAUUGAGUUCAACUGUUAUUUUCGUUGCUCAGAAUAUUUUUUCAAAAAAAAUACUCUUUAAUCAAGGCAAUUCAAAUUUUGAAAAGCGCAAACUUGAUGAGCUUAAUGUGUCGUUUUAUUCAAGCCUAAUGGCAUUUUCCUUCAUGACUCCAAUUUGGCUAUACUACGAUGGCUUUCCUCUACUCGUUGAACAUUUUUGGUCAUAUCACUCCAUUCAUUCUUCAAACACUUCAAAUGGUUGGACUAUUGCUUUUUACUUUUGGCUUAAUGGUACCUCCCAUUUUGCACAAAAUAUACUGGCUCUAUCAAUCUUAUCUAUUACCUCCCCUGUUACAUAUUCGAUUGCUUCAUUAGUAAAACGAAUUUUUGUUAUCACAGCAAGCAUCAUAUGGUUUGGUCAAAGAACUACAUUUGUUCAAGCUUGA